CGGAAUACAAUAGGCUCGAGCGGCUCAGGCGCAAUCAACACAAGAAAAACAAAACAAAAAAUUGGCGCCCGCAAAUAUCAAGAUGUCGCUCGCGGCGCCACCGGCGCACAUGGCGACCACGACACUCAAGAUUGAGGGGAUGACUUGCGGCGCAUGUACCUCGGCCGUUGAAGCAGGCUUCAAAGGUGUCGAUGGUGUCGGCAGCGUUUCGGUCAGCCUGGUGAUGGAGCGCGCGGUGGUCAUGCACGAUCCCCAGCGGAUAUCCGCCGACAGGAUACGAGAGAUCAUAGAGGACCGCGGAUUCGAUGCCGAAGUCUUGUCGACAGACCUGCCCUCGCCAGUUACCCCGCGCGCCUCGUUCGGCGGCCACCCCAGCGACAGCGGCCCGGCUACGAUGGUUACGACGGUGGGAAUCAAGGGUAUGACCUGCGGCGCGUGCACGUCGGCGGUCGAGGGCGGAUUCAAGGACGUUGCGGGCGUCAAACAUUUCAGCAUAUCGUUGCUCGCGGAACGGGCUGUGAUCGAACACGAUCCCUCGCUCUUGACUGGCGAGGCUAUCCGUGAGAUCAUCGAGGACCGGGGGUUCGAUGCCGAGGUCCUCGAAAGCAACGAAAAGGGUCCAGAGGCGAAGGCGGGUUCCGAAGGUGCAAAGACGACUCCGUCAACAGCCACCACGACUGUUGCGAUUGAAGGAAUGACUUGUGGUGCGUGCACCUCGGCCGUAGAGGAAGGGUUCAGGAAUGUCGACGGACUCGUGCGUUUCAACAUCAGCCUGCUCGCGGAGAGGGCUGUCAUCACCCACGACCCAACCAGGCUGCCGUCAGACAAGAUCGUCGAGAUCAUCGAGGACCGGGGUUUCGAUGCCAAGAUUCUCUCGACUAUUUUCGAUUCGCUGGAUCACGGAAGCGGCGCAUCGACCGCGCAGUUCAGAAUCUACGGGACCCUGGACGCGGCCGCGGCGAAAUCCCUCGAGGAGAAGUUGAGCGCACUCCCCGGCAUCAAAAGCGCGAGGCUUGCGCUGAGUACCUCCCGCCUGACCGUGACCCACCUACCCAACGUCACGGGGCUACGGGCUAUUGUCGAGACCGUCGAGAGCGCCGGUUACAACGCCCUGGUCGCAGACAAUGACGACAACAGCGCCCAGAUCGAGUCUCUGGCCAAGACCCGCGAAAUCAACGAGUGGAGGCGGGCAUUCCAGAUCUCGGCCUCGUUCGCCGUCCCGGUCUUCCUCAUCAGCAUGGUGUUCCCCAUGUGCAUCCCGGCUCUGGAUUUUGGUUCCAUCAGACUCAUUCCGGGGCUGUACCUCGGCGAUGUCAUAUGCAUGGCACUCACGAUCCCUGUCCAGUUUGGUAUCGGGAAGCGCUUCUACGUCUCCGCUUGGAAGUCUCUCAAGCAUGGCUCUCCAACGAUGGAUGUAUUGGUUGUGCUGGGCACCUCGUGCGCCUUCUUCUUCAGCGUCAUGGCCAUGAUCGUUUCCAUCCUGUUUCCGCCCCAUACGAGGCCCAGCACCAUUUUCGACACCAGCACCAUGCUCAUCAGUUUCAUCACCCUGGGACGCUUCCUGGAGAACCGCGCCAAGGGUCAGACCUCCAAGGCGCUCUCGCGACUGAUGUCCCUGGCCCCGUCGAUGGCUACUAUCUAUGUUGACCCUAUCGCCGCCGAAAAGGCUGCCGAAGGGUGGACUAGUGAUCCCAACGGGGAGGAUCCGAAGCAGCCGCUCGAUGGUGGCGCGGCCGAGGAGAAAGUGAUCCCCACAGAGCUCCUCCAGGUGGGAGACAUUGUCAUUCUCCGGCCAGGAGACAAGAUCCCGGCGGACGGCGUUCUGGUGCGUGGAGAGACUUACGUGGAUGAGAGCAUGGUCACCGGCGAGGCGAUGCCGGUUCAGAAGACAAAAGGAAGCUUCCUGAUCGGCGGCACCGUCAACGGUCACGGAAGGGUCGACUUUCGUGUCACCCGAGCCGGCCGCGACACGCAGCUCAGCCAGAUCGUCAAGCUUGUGCAGGACGCGCAGACCAGCCGCGCUCCUAUCCAGCGCCUGGCUGACGUGCUUGCUGGGUAUUUCGUCCCGACGAUCCUAUUCCUCGGCCUCAUGACGUUCCUCGUCUGGAUGGUCCUGAGCCAUGUGUUGCCGAACCCGCCCAAGAUCUUCCUGGAAGACGCGAGCGGUGGCAAGAUCAUGGUUUGCGUGAAGCUCUGCAUCUCGGUCAUCGUCUUUGCGUGCCCGUGCGCUCUCGGUCUCGCCACGCCCACCGCCGUCAUGGUGGGCACCGGAGUGGGCGCAGAGAACGGUAUCCUCGUCAAGGGCGGCGCCGCCUUGGAGACGACGACCAAAAUCACCCAGGUCGUCCUUGACAAGACGGGAACUCUGACGUACGGCAAGAUGACCGUGGCCAAGGCCGACAUCGCCCCUCCUUGGAGCGACACCGACUGGCGGAAGCGGCUGUGGUGGACGAUCGUCGGGCUAGCCGAGAUGGGCAGUGAGCACCCGAUCGGCAAAGCGGUUCUGGGCGCCGCCAGGGCGGAGCUCGGCCUCGGUCCGGACGGUACGAUCGAGGGCAGCGUCGGCGACUUCGCGGCGGCGGUUGGUAAGGGCAUCACCGCGUAUGUCGAACCGGCGACCGCGGCCGACCGGACGCGCUACAAGGUCCUGAUCGGCAACGCCCUCUUCCUCCGGCAAAACGACGUUGAUGUCCCCCGCACCGCGAUCGAAGCCUCGGAACAAACCAGCGAGUCUCGCUCUGCGAAGCCCAACAACACGGGCACAACCAACAUCUUCAUCGCCAUCCAGGGCGCCUACGCCGGCCAUCUCUGCCUCUCCGACACCAUCAAGGACGGCGCGGCCGCCGCCAUCGCGGUGCUGCACCGCAUGGGCGUGCGCACCGCCAUGGUCACGGGCGACCAGCGCGGCACGGCGCUGGCCGUCGCCUCGGCCGUCGGCAUCCACGCCGACGACGUCUACGCGGGCGUGUCGCCGGACCAGAAGCAGGCCAUCAUCCGGCAGCUGCAGGAGGCGGGCUCGGUGGUGGCCAUGGUGGGCGACGGCAUCAACGACUCGCCCGCGCUGGCGACGGCCGACGUGGGCAUCGCCAUGAGCUCCGGCACCGACGUGGCCAUGGAGGCCGCCGACGUGGUGCUGAUGAAGCCCAACGACCUGAUGGACAUACCCGCGGCGCUCAGCCUGGCCCGCACCAUCUUCCGCCGCAUCAAGCUGAACCUGCUGUGGGCGUGCCUGUACAACGUGGUCGGCCUGCCGUUCGCCAUGGGCGUCUUCCUGCCCUUCGGCCUCCACAUGCACCCCAUGAUGGCGGGCGCGGCCAUGGCGGCCAGCAGCGUCAGCGUGGUGACCAGCAGCCUGUUUCUGAAGCUGUGGAAGCGGCCCCGGUGGAUGGACGAGAUGGAGGCCGAGAUGAGGGACGGGGGUGUCGUCCACCCGAGGCGGAAGCGAUGGUGGGCGGUGCUGGGCGGGGCCCGCGAGCUGGUCGGUGGACUGUUUGGGGAGAGGAGGGAGAAGGCCGAGGGCUAUGUCCCACUUGCGACGCUCGAUCGCGAGUCGCCGGUGUGAGUGUUUUUUUUUUUUUUCCCUUCUCUUUUGUUUCUGUCUUCAAACCCUUGUCUCUUCCUUUUUGCUACAUACAUGGCGUUGUUCAGCAUGGUUUCGGGCAUAAGGAAGAGAGCUAUCCAGCAUGGGAGGCCUUUGGUGGAUUGUUUAACGCAUAUUUUCCUGGUGUUAUUGCUAGG